AUUUAUUUAUUUUUAAUCAAUAUCUAACUGAUAACAAUAUCUUGAUAUCUCAUUAGUCAUUAGCCGUGGACGGGACGUUGGGACACUUCUGAACUGGAUCUUCGCCGAUUCCUCGGUCCGUGGUGGCGCGGUGUGAGGACAAAUGACAACUAUCAUUUUAGAUUUAGCAUUUUAAGGGUUUAGGCUUUAAUAGUCAACGUGAAAUGACUGACGUACUGUCAAUAAUUUUUUUCUACCGGAUAAUUAUUCAUAAGUAUUUUCUGCGUUCAACGUAACUGUAAUUAUUAAUUAGUCAUUCAACUAUGACUAACCAUACAUCUACAAUUAGUAUAAUAUUGUUUAUGCCAUAAAUUCAAUUUUACAUUCUUAUUAUUGAAUUUAAGUUUAGUUAGAUUUUCAAACGAAUAAUCAAGUCAAUUAAUUGUCAGUGUUUACACAUUCACUGGUUUCAAUGCCAUGCACGCCACACUUAAGGUCAAAUGAGGUAGUAAGGUUUACUUCCUAAUUAUGUAAAAAACAGUUAUGCACUAUAUUGAAUCACUUAACUUUGAUUAGUGAAAGAGGAAUGAUUAAUUUUUAAAAUGAUGUAUAAUUAAAUUUAGGAAUAUAAUAUUGAAACAAAUUAUAAGAAAAAUAAAUAGUUAUAUUAUUUUGCUUUUUAAUUUACAGGACAAAGUUUUCUUUAGUUUUAUCCUUUCUAUUUUAAUUGUUUUAACAAUAUGGAUGAUGAUGAUAAAAAAGGUUGUAUGCACAGAGACCAAGAGGGAUAUCGACCCGAAUUUCGCUACAGCCGAGUCAUGGGCAAGAUGAGCGGGUCAGUGGUGAUCAACGUGAAGCGGCCGGUAUACCAGCUGGACGACCUGGACGACGGCAGCCCGAUCGUGGACCUGGAGGCGACCGGCAAGCGGAAAAAAGUGUCCAAGCUGAAGUGGUCGGACGCUAAAACCGUGAUGCCGGCAAUCGACUGGCUGUUCACCAACUACAACUGGUCCGAGGAUUUCUUCAAGGACUUCGUGGCCGGGUUCACGGUGGCCGUGCUGAACAUACCGCAGGGCAUGGCGUACGCCAUGCUCGGCAACGUGGACCCGACCGUCGGCCUGUACAUGGCCAUCAUGCCGGUGAUCGUUUACAGCCUGCUGGGCACGUCCAGGCACGUUUCGAUGGGAUCGUUUUCGGUGGUCUGCCUGAUGACCGGCAAAGUGGUGAACACGUACGCCAACGCCAACAACGCCAACUACAUCAACGGCAACCCGGACGCGGAUCCCACGGCCGGCGCGAUGAUCGACCCGGCGGUGUCGCUGCAGCCGCACGACGCGGCCGGCGUGUACACGGCCAUCGAGGUGGCCACGGCCGUCACCCUGAUGGUCGGCCUCAUACAGAUACUCAUGUACGUGUUCCGGCUGGGCGUCGUGUGCACGAUACUGUCCGAGACGCUGGUCAGCGGGUUCACGGCCGGCGCGGCCGUCCACGUGGUCACGUCCCAGAUGAAGGAGUUGCUGGGCGUCAAGAUCGAGAACCACAACGGGCUGUUCCAGAUCGUGCUCACCUACUACGACAUCGUCAAUCGCAUCCGGGACGUCAACUUCGCCACCAUCACCGUGUCCGUCGUCACCACCGUCCUGCUGUUGUCCUACAACUUGCACCUGAAAGCCUACAUCAACAAGAAGCUGUUCAUGCCCGUGCCCAUCGAGCUCAUCACCAUCGUCAUCGGCACUGCGCUCUUUCAGUUCACCACGAUCUCGGAAGACUAUCAAAUCAAACUGAUUGGCGAAAUCGAGAGCGGAUUGCCCGACUUCAAACCGCCGCCGGUGAACUUACUGAUGAGCGUGAUCACCGAGAGCGUGAUAAUCGCUAUCGUCGCGUACUCGAUCACCAUGUCCAUGGCGCUGUUGUUCUCGGAGAAGCUCAAGUACUCGAUCGACACCAACCAAGAGCUACUGGCCCAGGGCGUGGGCAACGUGUUCGGUUCGUUCUUCUCGUGCCUGCCGUUCGCCGCGUCGCUGUCGCGCAGCGCCACCCAGCAGACGGUCGGCGGCCGCACCCAGAUGGCCAGCAUCGUGUCGGCCGGCCUCCUGGUGGCCGUCGUCCUGUGGAUCGGCCACCUGUUCCAGCCGCUGCCCAGGUGCGUGUUGGCCAGCAUCACCAUCGUCGCGCUCAAGGACAUACUGCUGCAAGUCACCGACGUGGUGCGCGUGUGGCGGACGUCCAAGGCGGACGCGGCCAUCUGGAUCGCCACUUACUGCACGGUGGUGCUGGUCGAGAUCGACGUGGGGCUGUUGGCCGGCGUGCUCGUGUCGCUGUUCUUCGUGUUCAGCCGAGGGAUCGGCACCGGCGUGGUGGUGUUGGGCCGCGUCCCGGACACCGACCUGUACGUAGACAUGGACAGGUACCGGCGGGCGGUCGAGGUGCCCCGCGUCCGGAUCGUCCACUACUCCGGCAGUCUGAACGUGACCAACCGCAACUCGUUCCGGGACAAGGUGCACGCCGCGGUCAGCCGGUACGACGGGCAGCUGGCCCCGAUCACCAUAUCGAUAAACAGCGGCAAGGAGACCGUGGUCCGGGCCCAGUGCGUCGUGUUCGACCUGUCCGGCAUGCACUACGUGGACAGUUCCGGGCUGACCAUGUUCGCCCGUCUGGUCGACCAGCUCAACGAGGCCGGCCUGCUCGUGUACGUGGCCGCCGUGUCGGGCAACGUGUACGACUGCAUGAGGGCCCGGCAACUGGGCACCGUCCUGUUCUUCCCGACCGUACACGACGCCGUCGAGUUCUACAACAACUUGGAAGAGCUGAGAGCGUGAUGACCGCCGUCCGAGCUCGCUAAAACCGUUUCCCACUCCGGUCUGUGUCUACGUGUAUAUUACUGUGUAAUAAUAUUUUUUCGAAAACGUCGUACGCGCGCGGGUUUAAGUCCGUCGGCCUCUGUCGUAAUAGCCGAUGGUAAAAAAAAAAAAAAAAACCAAACUAUAAAAACCCAAAAACUUAUUUUCAAUCGAUCCGUUAGGCGCUCGAAUGAAAUAUAUCUCAAAACCGCGUCCGAACGCAGUAGGACAAACCACGCCUGUUUUUUUAUUAAUAAUACAAAAUCAUACAAAAACAUCACGCUAUAUAUCUUAGAUUUAGGUGUGCAUUAGAUAUUCGGUCCGGACUCUCGAGUGCAGUUUUAUAAUAUUCCUCUUUCGCACCUCCCCCGUCGCCCGUUUCACCAAACCGGCCGGACAAAAUGUCGGAUAAGCGCAGUAGUUCCUAAAAUGGUAUAGACGAGCGAAGUUUAAUAUUAGGUAUAUUAUACGUACCCACGUAAAUAGAACACCUUUAAAAUGUCAUUUUAAAUUAAUAAAUCGACCAAAAUACAAAGUUUACGUGUUCGGUGAUUUAAUUAUCGUAUGUUGAAUAAUACUCAUUAUUUAAAUUAAAAUAUAACAAUAUUGUACUAUCGAUUCGGUCCGUGUACAAACAGUGAUCUCCAGAAAAAUUAAGCAUUUGUAUAUACUGUUAUGAUCGUCGAUUAACGAUCCGUUUGACGUCCGAUUUGUGAUUCAAAUUUAUCGCAAUAACUAUCGGUUUGGUCGGUCAGACAUAAUAUUAUUAUUGUUAUCGUCUUGGUUAUGGCGUGACCCGACCCAACCAUAUAGAUUUUUUAGUCAACAUUUCAAUACCCCACCUUAAUCACUAUAGUACCUAAAUAUAAUAUAAUAUACAUAAUACAUAUACCUAUAUAUAGUUGAUUUCAAGAUUUGAUUUGAUUUUCUUGUUUAAAAAUGCCCGUAAUUUUAUUUGUUUCGGUGUUAAAAGAAUACGGUCUUCUGUACCAUCCUGCCCAGUAUAGUUUUAUACGACCACCAGUGUUUAGAGCCGUCUUGAAUUUGUUCCUAGAUAAACUUAUUUACCGCAAAAUACUAUCAAAGUUUUAGUCUCUAUGGCGUUGUUUUCGUGAUAUUAUAACUUUUUUAUAGUACCUAAAAAAUUAAUAGCGAGGCAUUAUGAAACAAUACAACAACAGUCAUAACAAUUGAUAUUAAUUACCAUCGUCAAAUGAUAUCAAUUUUUUUUUUUAAUCUUAGAUAUUUUAUAUUACGUAACGUAUGUUUUUCAUGUUUACGUAAACAUAUUUUUUUUUUUAUUGAUUUCGCUCAAGUCUAGGUGGCCAAUCACGACCCAGUUGGUUAAUUAAUCGAUAAUUUAUUAAAUUGUUAAUUAUUAGAUAUAAUUAUAUUAGUAUUUCGUGUUGGUUACCUGUUCUAUGGGAUUUUUGUUUAUGUAGGCAUUGUGAAACAUUCGUAAAAACCACUAAUCAUCUCCUCGACAAUAAACCGCGGGCUGUACCCCAGCGUGACGUAUAGUGCAUACUUCAGUUGUCUACCUGCUGCACGUGUAACACUUUGGUAUAUUUGUAAUAAAUGUGUUGAUUUAAUCCUGAUAAACGAUGAUAGCUUACCAUUACUCACUCUCAGUGAAGUAUCGUCAUCGCGUGUCGCGAAACAUUUAAUUGGGAAUGGAUUGGAACAUAAAAGCCGCGGGUUUGUGUUUUGUAUGGCGCAGUUGAUUUUUUAACACCAUCUCUGUACAGCCGAUCUUGACACCUUUUUAGAAAUAAUCAAAAUCAAAUCAAAAUUCAGUGUGUUCUUCGAACAAUAAUUUAAAACAAUUAAAAAUAAUACAUUGAAAUCUACACCCUCAUCAUAUUAUAUCUCCAUACAUUCAAUACCACGGAGUAUUGGUGAUAGUAAAAUAUAUUAUAUUAACUUUUUCGUGAGAAAAUAUUAUAUAGUUAUUAAUCGAAUUUAAUUCUAAUGUGAUAUAAUAUAAUAUAGGUAUAUAAAUGUUAUACAAAUCUACUUAUAUUAUUUUUAAUGAACAUAUUAUUAUUAGUAAAAUAUUAAAAUGUUCUUAAAUAGUAUUUAACGUGCAUAAAAAUAUUUUUAUAUUUUAUGUAAAGAAUAUAAUAUUAUAUUAUUUAAUAAAAUUGUUAUUUUUAUACAUAAUGAAAACAAAAUAAUUUUUGUUGUAAUUUCGUGAAAGUACUCACAUUUUCUCAAUAUAUAUGUUUAUUUAUUUACAUCUAAUCGAUAUUAUUGUAAUGUAUUUAUUUUUUAUUCUCGAUACAUUACAAAGUUUAGACACAGGUGGGGGGCAUUGUUUAACUAUACUCGUGUUAUAUUAUUGGUAUAGUUAUUGAUAUUGUAUAUGCGGUUACCAAUUUUUUUUUCAGAUAAUAAGUUGAUGGAUUAAAUUUUUUCCGUUAGUGGUUAUAUUAAUUUAAAUGGCAAUUAAUUAUUACGUUGUAUAUUAUAUACUUAUAAUUUACUAUGUAUUAUACUUUUAUACUUUGUUGGUUUUCUAAUCAUUCCAUUGUGAUUUAGUAUUUAUCGUUAUUUUUAUCGUGUAUUUUAUAAAUGUUAUAUUAUUUUACAAUACAAAUAUUAUUACGUAGGUAUAUUAUGAAAUUAUAAAUAUUUUUACAUUAUACGUAUUAUGUUACGGUCCGUUCCAACAGGGUUGGUUGCAUAGUUGUGCACGUGUGCUGUGUUAAUAUAAAGAUUUGGACAAUUAAGGCAGUUUACGCGUAUACCGAAAGUAUAUGUUACUAUUAUGAUACUGUACAUAUUUAACGUUUUUAUUUUGAAAAAUUGUUUUUAAUUAUAAUAAUAACGUAUCCUGUCGGUGAGUAAAUGUUUUUUGUCCGGCAAUAUAAUAUAUUGUUGAAAAUCAUAAUAUUAUUAUGAAGUAUAGUUUUAAUAUGCAUAUAUUGUUUUUUUUUUCGUUAAACCGACCAAAGUUACCACCAAAACGAUUUACCAGCGUAUAUGUGAUUAGGUACACGAUGCAUUAUUGUGUAAUUAGUUUAGUAUAUUGUAAAUUGAUGUUCGAUGUUAUAACGUGUUUGUUUUUUACAUUAAACGUCCGCGUAUCUCUAUAUAUUGACAACAACAUACGCGCAAUAAGUCUGUGUUAAUAGUAUUUCGUCCUAGUCUCUAGAUCAAAAUUAUUGUUUAAAUGUUUUACUACCAAAUAUAUUUUAUACUAUGUUAUUAAAUUCAAUAGCGUGUACUUAUCAUUAAAUAUAUAUUAUUAUAUUAAAAAAAAAAAAAAAAGUUUUUACAUUUUUUUUUUUUUUUUUGCUACCAAUUAUUAUAAUUAUAAAUACCUACAUAUGUAAUACCUAUGUAUAAUAUAUUAUUUAUCUUGAGAAAUAAAAUACCUAUUUUUAA